AUGCCUCCCGCCGAGCCCGUGUCAACGACCGGUCCGCCACGGCCAAUGGAUCGUGGUGUGCCGGUCGGAUUGAAUGAAGCUGCCCUCGACUCGCCGACGUUCCGAGCGACCGCCAACCACUUUUCCGAUCAAAUAGAGGCUGUUGAGAAAUGGCUCAACGGCUACGUGAAUUCGACGUCUAAAUUCGCCCACGAGAUCCAGGGGCUUGAAGAUACCAUCAAUGCAUACCUUACCAAGACAAUGCCGUCCGCCGCCGAUGGGAUUAUCGAAAAUGACUACACCUUUCUGGCCUUGAAACGAGUUGGAGAUGGCCAACGCGAGUGCUGGCAGCAAAUACUGAGCAGCAUCAAGCGAAUGGAUACCGCUGUCAUCGAGCCCGUCCGGAGCUUCCUUAGCGGCGACAUGCGAAACUUCAAGGAGAUACGGAGGAUCCUGGAGCAAUCGCAAAGGGCUUACGAUUCGACUCUUGCACGAUACGUAGGACAAUCGAAGACAAAGGAGCCGUCGGCUCUUCGCGAAGAUGCCUUCUCCGUGUAUGAAAACCGGAAGGCAUAUAUCCAAGCCUCGCUGGAUUACUGUCAGCUUGCGCCGCAACUGCGACUCGCUACAGAUAAGCUUCUGGUCAAGGUGUGCAGCGAGAUAUGGAAAGAUUUGCAGCGGUCGAGGGAUGCUGUGAUAAAUGCCACCAGAUGGACCCGGGAAAUGGACCGUGUGCGAGGAUGGGCCAAAGAGAUGGAGACUUCAGAGGGCGUCUUCAGAACUGAGCUGCAGGCCGCAAGACGAGAACUGGGAGAGACUACUCUUGAGGGGUUCAAACCUUCUAGGGAGCUCGAGGACUACAGCGCAUCGACGGUGCCCUUUCUAGGCUCACGGGGACCGCUCAAUUUACGACCCAAGGAUGGCACGGCCGUCAUUUCGGAGAAACAGGGCUGGCUCUUUCUACGGACAGUGUCUGGCAAACCCGUUAGAUAUAACUGGACCCGGAGAUGGUAUUACUGCCGUGAUGGCGUCUUUGGUUGGCUUGUACCCGGACCGCAAGGAGUUCUCCAAGGCGACGAGAUUGGUGUUUUACUCUGCAACGCGAAACCUGCAGUAGGCGAAGAACGACGAUUUUGCUUUGAAGUCAAGACCAAAAAUCAAACCAUGAUGUUACAGGCUGAGAACCAGAGAGAGCUAAUGGAGUGGCUCGAGGUAUUUGAAGUGACCAAGAAGAAGGCUUUCGAGACCAGUAUGGGGAAUGAUAACAGCUCUGUUGCGGGCGGCACUGACCCAGCAUUUUCGAUACAUCCCCCGAGUGCACCGGAAUUCUCUGCCAAAGCCGUUGACAACCCUGCUGCUCUCGCCGAGGAUGCUCCCGGCCCAGGCUUUGAGCGAAGCGCCACUCUCUAUGUCCCCGGACAGGACGCACAAGUCGGAGCCAGACACAGUGUCGACGUUAACAAUGCAAGCCUGGGUCGCCGAUCUUUUAGUGCCCUGGGACGAGACCUGGCGCGAGAAGACGAUGAAAGCAGACGAGAACAUGCGGCAAGAAUCAUUCAGAAGCUGGAUCUACACCGGAAAUCGACUUUCGGAGCUGCUGGUGAUCCGGGUCCGGUGAGCCCAGGCAUGCCCAACAGUGGCAUUGCCAGUCUUAUAUCUGCCAGCCACAACUUGCUGCCGGCCCAUCCGGGGACGCAGGUGUCUGGGAAUACACCCAAACAACCUUCUGGCUUCCUGCCUUCCCUGGACACGCCGCCUGGUUCCCUUGCGCCUCUGACUUUGGCCAAGCCGCCGGCCACGACGAGUCUCAGUCGAGCUGCUGUGCUUUUGACAGCCGAGAAGCCGUCCGUAGCCAACAGCAGAAGGUUACCAACCUCAAUCGUUGCAAACUACUGGGGUACCAACGUGUGGGCUACUAUCAACACCCCCGAGCAACCAGUUCUGCCAAGAUUUGACGACGACGAUCCCAUCGGGGUGGUUGUGUCGCAGGGCUCACAGACUAGUCUCCCUGGCAUUGGCAAAGAUGGUCGUGCCGACCGCCCUCUACCUCGCAAUUAUCCCACGGAGCUGAGAGCUCAGAACGCACAGUUCCGUCUCUUGUUCCCUAAUGCUCCCACGGGAGAGAAUCUUGUUUUGGUCUUUCGUGCGGCGUGGUCUAGUUCAAGAGCACGCGACUCACCAAGUGAUACACUUGCCGGAGACGGCAGAAUUUAUGUUACUCCAGAUAACAUGUACUUUUACAGUCAACAAAUGGGCUUGGUUACGGCGUACAGCAUCAGCCUUGACAUCAUUACGGAGGUGACGACUGCCGCUGGAAGGGACUGUGACUUUAUUUUCCUGCACCUUGGCCAGGACACAAACGAAACGGGCUAUACGCGUAUCACCAUUAAAGUAUUCCUGGACGACCUCCACCUGCUUCAUACCCGUCUCAACCUUUUGGUCGACAACUUGCAAGCGGAGGAGCCCAUGAAUACAGAGGACAUUAUCUCUGCGCUGAUAAAUGUGGAAAAGGAAGAAUUCGACCGCCCGAGCCCCGGAGCGGAGAGCUGGGAAGAUGCUUCGCCAAACUCGCCUAUCGACGCCAGUUCGGGAUCCGGACUCCUGCUAUCAGGCAGCCGGAAUGACUACGGAUCCCAUCUUCACCCGUCGAGGUCACCGCACCGGCACCCUGGAAAGCUACACCUGCCGUCGCAUCCCGUGGUAUACGAACCCGAGAGCAUGACGCAGAUGGCGGCAGAGAGGCACUUUGAAAUCAGUGCCAAGGCUUGCUUCCACGUGCUUUUCGGUGACAAGAGCUUCGUCUUUCCAAAGCUCUACUUUGAGCAUCGAGCCCAGCAGAUUGCGCAAGGUCCCUGGGCGCUAGUUGACCAGGGCCAGAUGCGACGAGACUUUCAGUUCAAGGUGGACUAUGUCGACAUGCUUGGUCGCAAGAAGUCCGAAAAUGUCAAUGAUUACCAGACUAUCGAUGUGUACAGUGAUCAUGUCACAUACGUAGUGACGCACAUCAAAACGGCGUGGCACCUCCCUCAUUCUGGCAGCUUCAAGCUCGUCACCAAGAUUGUCAUCACGCACGUGGCCAAAUCCAAGUGCAAGCUUGCCGCCUACGUCAAAAUAGACUGGUCCAAAACACCAGCACUCUCGAAAAAUUUGGUGGAACGACAGGCACUUCACGACGCCAUUAAUGACGCAGAAGAAAUGGCGGAGCUGGCAACCGAUCAAGUUCGCAAACUGGGACCACGCAGCCGAACAAACAGGGCCAUCCAAGUUUACGGCCACGUUGGCCAGCAGACUCAGGUGGUAGUCUUCUCACCUGCCGCCGCGGAAUCGAGCAAGAAGCAGGCAAUCAAGCCACGAACCCUGACAGCUAUGCUCUUUGAGACGGCCAGAUCGUUCGGCGAGAGUGCCGUCUCGUCCCUGAUAAUGUGGGCGUUUGCCGGUGUCAAGAAACUAUUUGGCAUCAUUACAGCCCACCGCAUCAUCAUUCUCCUGUUGGGCUUGAGUACCUUGACAAACGUCCUGUUGACUUCUACAGAGUCGUCUACCUGGUGGAAAGAGCGGAGUGCGGCAGCCUUUAUGCGACGAGUCGGCGUGGGUCCCAACUCGAUGAUGAGCAAGGCAAUCUACUUUGCCGACUUGGACGAGGCGACUGGUGCACAUGGCCAUGAGCUACAGUUUCCAAAGAAUAGCACGUGCUUCAACACGUACAAGAGCCUCAUGGACACGUCCGAAAUUGACAUUCCGUGGGAUGAGGCCGGGGCUACAUUGUCAUCCCCGUCAAGUCGAGCCAGCGCGCGGAGACUCCGGCGAACAAGACAGCGCCUGGGGUCCUAUCGACACGACCUCAUGGUGGCUAUGCGUGUAGUCAACAGCAUCGAGAGGGAGAUGCUGCAGUCUGAAUGGGAGAAUUGGCUAAUCAACGAAAAGUCGUUGUGUGAUGACCUGGAGCUGAUGCUGCAGGACGAUGGCCAGGGUAAAUCAGGGGCGGGCGACUCGUCGAAACAAAAGAUCAUGGGAUCCUUGACGGGAAGAGGCAAGGAGGCGUUGAAAGAAUGGAGAGAUGGGUAUUGCGGCAGCUGUCGACGGGAUUUCGAGGGCGUCAUCAAGGAGAGAAUGGUGACGGGCAUGUAA